UUUCUCACACCUAAUUUGCUUCUUCUCCUGAAUCGGACUCAAAUACUAAUAAUCUAAUCUUAGAUUCUUAAGGUUUUUAUUUUCGCUUCCCCAAAUUUUAUCACCCAAUUCACAGCUAAUGAUCUCAGACAUGGAAUGCGAAAACAAUCGGAAUGAGAAUGGAGUGAAAUCAAUGGAUAUAGAUGAAAUGGGUAUUGAAGACCAGGAAUUGAUGAUCUCUUGUGACGGGGGCGGUGGUGGUGGCGGUGGUGAAGAUGGGGCUGAGUCAGACGGUGGUGGUGGUGGUGAAGAGGGGAGUGAAUCGGAUUCAGACUCGGAAUCGGACACUGAUGUAUCGUUCUAUUUCUCAUCUUACUUGUUUUUGUUGUCUUUGGCUUAUUCCGUUUGAGAAUUGAGUCAGUAAUCUAGUGUAAUUUUGCUGCUGCUACAAAUUGUGCAAUUCACAUUCCCCAGAUGUUGUUGUUUUGAGCUGACAUGAUUAGAAAUUGUGAUUGUGAUUAAUAAAGUUUUUUAAUACAAAUCAUCUGGUUUGAAAUCA